CCGGCGGACCCUUUAAGGCCAUUUUGGAAUAAUUAAUGACGUCGAGCUGUAAACAAGACUGACGCUCCAAACUGCGUGGCCGAAGCGAGCAUCCUCUGGUGGACCCACCGACCGAGACCUCGCCAGUGCCGCCUGGUCGCCGCGGUUUUGUUUCGGCUGACGUCCACGGCAGUUUCCCCACUCGACUCGUCUUAUGCAGUCCCUGGGUCCAGAACGCAUCGGUCCCGCUUGAGUGUCAUGGCUCGGAAGACGGACAUUCCCUCCAUCUACUACGGUGAGCCACGGAAGUUUGACCCAAAGUUCAGAGGGCCAGUUCAUAACAGGAGCUGCACGGAUGUGGUCUGCUGCAUUAUUUUCAUCAUCGUCAUCCUCGGCUACAUCGCACUGGGCACUGUGGCCUGGAUCCAUGGCGACCCCAGGAAGGUGGCCUAUCCAACUGACAGCCAAGGGCAGUUCUGUGGCCAGCAGGACACUCCUAAUGCAAAUAAAGCCAUCUUGUUCUACUUCAACAUGUUGAAAUGUGCCAACCCUGCAGUGUUAAUUAACCUCCAGUGCCCUACAACUCAGCUCUGUGUCUCCAAGUGCCCUGACAGAUUUGCCACGCUCCGAACUGCCCAGAAUACCACAACCUGGGAGUAUUACAAGCAGUUCUGCAAACCGGGCUUUGGCAGUAAGCCGAUUGAAGAGGUCAUACGAGAUGAUGACUGCCCAUCCAUGAUUGUGCCAAGCAGACCCUUUCUUCAGCGGUGCUUCCCUGAUUUCAUCACAAGAAAUGGAAUCUUAACUGUAGCCAACCAGACCUUCUUUAAUGACGGACUCAAUGUAAGAAGUGUCAACGACCUAAAAGAUGCUGCCAACGGCAUCUCCAGUCUGCUGAAUGCCAAAGAAUUUAGCUUGAGGAUCUUUGAGGAUUAUGCAAAUUCCUGGGAUUGGAUCCUCUUAGCUCUGGUCAUAACUAUGGUGGUCAGCCUACUCUUCAUCCUGCUGCUGCGCUUCACUGCCGGCGUGCUGCUGUGGCUCAUCAUCUUCGGCGUCAUUGCCGCGGUCGGCUACGGUAUUGGCCACUGCUACUGGGAGUACAGUAUGCUUAGCGGGAAGCCGGGCGCCAACGUCACCAUCUCAGAUAUUGGCUUCCAGACAGACUUCAGCAUUUACCUGAAGCUCAGCCAGACGUGGCUCGUCUUCAUGAUCUCGCUGUCCGUGAUCGAGGCCAUCAUUGUGAUUAUGCUGAUUUUCCUGAGGAAGCGGCUCCAGAUUGCCAUUGCGCUUUUAAAGGAGGGAAGCAAGGCCAUCAGCUACAUCAUGACAACUCUCCUCUAUCCCAUCUUCACCUUCUUCCUGCUGUCUCUCUGCAUCGCUUAUGGCGCAGUCACAGCAAUCUUGUUAGCAUCCUCUGGUAACGCCGUGUACAAGGUGACGUCUGCACAUGACAAAUGUAUCUAUGGCAACCUCACAUGCAAUCCAAAGACGUUCAGUGCAACCAACAUCACCACCGUGUGCCCAGGGUCGCAGUGCUUGUUCGCCUUCUACGGCGGCGAGAGCACGUACCACCGCUACAUCUUCGUCCUCCACCUGUGUAAUCUGUUUGCCUUCCUGUGGAUGGUCAACUUCACCAUCGCGCUGGGCCAGUGUACUCUGGCUGGGGCCUUUGCGUCUUAUUACUGGGCGCUGAGGAAGCCCAGAGACAUCCCCCCCUGCCCGCUGUUCUCAUCUUUUUGCAGGGCCUUACGCUAUCACACAGGCUCACUGGCCUUUGGUGCGCUCAUCCUCUCUGUGGUACAAAGCAUCCGCAUUGUCCUCGAGUACCUGGACCACAAACUGAAAGGUUCCCAGAAUGCAUACGCUCGCUUCCUGCUGUGCUGCCUCAAAGGUUGCUUCUGGUGCUUGGAACAUUUCAUCAAGUUCAUCAACAGAAAUGCAUACAUCAUGAUAGCAAUAUAUGGAAAGAGCUUCUGCACGUCCUCUAAGGAUGCUUUCUUCCUCUUGAUGAGGAAUGUUGUUCGGGUGGCCGUCCUUGACAAGGCCACAGACUUCUUAUUGUUCCUGGGAAAAUUACUCAUUUCAGGAAGUGUUGGUCUGCUUGCAUUUUUCUUCUUCACUCGUAAAUUGCCAGUCAUUCAAGGGGAUGUACCGUCGCUAAAUUACUACUGGGUCCCCCUGCUGACGGUGAUAUUUGGAUCGUACAUGAUUGCACAUGGUUUUUUUAACGUCUACUCCAUGUGCGUGGACACCUUGUUCCUGUGCUUUUGUGAAGACCUGGAGAGGAACGACGGUUCCCCCUCCAGGCCCUACUACAUGUCUCCCGGCCUGCGCAAGAUCUUGCACAAAGCGGAUUCCAUUUCCAAGUCUUCUUUGUGAGCAACCAGUGGCUGUUCAACUAAAAAAACAACAACUGCCGACUCUCUGGCAUUGACUAUUCUUCAUAUCUGCUGUGAGUGAGUGAGUGUGGAUGCAUCACAGCCUGGAUGUGGAAAGACCUUCUUUUUCCAGAUGCUUUUUCCUCCCCACCUUCUCUGCAUUCUCUGCCUUACCGAGAGGAUACGUGUCAAAUCACAGGCUGGCCUCAACGGACAAAAUGCAGAAAUGCAACGUACACAUGAUGCCCCAUGUGGUGUAAGGCCAUACUGAAAAAUGGUGGCACUUUUCCUGGAAAAUGAACUUUUAUAUGCACUUUCAUUUCUACAAAGAACCAUGUGACUUAGAGUGGAUAGAGGGGGAAAAAUAAAAUAGCAGGUUUUUAUAUCAUGGAGGGGAAAAAAGAGAAAAACGAUGGAGUUGCAUCGCUCUAAAGUGAAACGAAAACAAUUCCAAUUGGAAAUAGUAUAAAGUGAAUUGGGCUCAAAAACUACAAUAAAGCAAAACUACUGCGCACACUUUGGAGACAAAACCUCGUAUGGAAUAUGCUGUCAGUUCAUUUGUUCCCAGGAAAAACAUCAUAGAACUUUUUAGCAACUUCAGUGUUUCAUAAAGAUUCGUAAAUGUCAUACACUUGUGAAAAGAAGUAGCAUUAAACUAAAACUGAUCAAACCUUUGAUGAGGACACAGGAAGGCGUUGGCAGAGCAAUACUGCCACCUAGUGGUGGUUUAUCGGUAUUGCUGGGAUGAAUAACGCUCGUGUGGUGGAUGUAUAAUGUGUAUUUAUGUUUAGUCAAAUGUAUUUGGAGUAUUUCGUUGUCUCCAGGUCUGUGGUUAUCAUUACACUUAGUGAUAGAAGAGACACACGAAAAAAGAGGACGCAAAACAUUCCAAAAAGGAGUCCAAAUUUUGGGUGUACAGUCAUCCCUCAUUUAUCACCGUUAAUUGGUUCCAGAGGUUAGGAGCUUUGGGUAGUGACCGAAAGGACAAGAUCACGGGUACGAGUUUUCUACGUAGGGUGGCUGGGCUCUCCCUUAGAGAUAAGGUGAGAAGCGCUGUCAUCCGGGAGAGACUCGGAGUAGAACCACUACUCCUCCGCACUGAGAGGAGCCAGAUGAGGUGGCUUGAGCAUCUGGUCAGGAUGCCUCUUGGACGCCUCCCUGGGGAGGUGUUCAGGGCAAGUUAGACCGGUAGAAGGCCUCAGGGAAGACCCAGGACACAUUGGAGAGACUAUGUCUCCCAACUGGCCUGGGAACGCCUCGGGAUCUGCCAGGAGGAGCUGGACGAAGUGGGCCUCCCUGCUUAGGCUGCUGCCCCCACGAACCGAUCUCGGAUAAGCGGUAGAAGAUGGAUGGGUAAUUGGUUCCAGACCUGACCUGAAUUUCUGUAAAUUAGGAUUCAGUAUUAAUAAAUGGCAUAUUUUGGUAGUUAAGAGCAUAGAAAACCUUCUAAAACCAAUCUUUACCAUGUUUAGAGCUCUGUAGACAUGAAAUAACAUCCCUAUACACUUCUUUUAGUCUUUGUGUACAUCACAUUGCUCAACUGUGAUGCGCAGGUUACGAGAUCACUGCAGGGACACAAGAGACAGCCAUGACUUUAAACAUUAGCAAGCUAGUGAGCUAACUAGGUAGUCUCCAAUUUAUUCACUUUAUUCCAAGCUUAAGAAAGGGUUUAAAACAGAGUGGGGAAAAAGGACAAAGAAGCCAAAAACUUACCACUUUCACACUGAAUGGGAGGAAAACCGAUUUUCACUAUCAUGUUGGACAUGUCACGGCUGACUGCAUGCAGUGUGAAGAUAAUCUAAUGUCAUGUCUCACUAAUGGAACAUUACUGACACCUGGUGGCCAGAAUACUCCAUAUAUCUUCGCCUUUCAAUAUUUUUUGACUAAUAAUUAAUAGUAAAAAACGGCGAUCAUUUAUAAAUUCAUUCAUUUUUGAAAAACCAUGAUAUUUUGAGGAACGACUGUACACACUGAUGCAACAUCUUAUUGUACAGUUUUGUUUUUUUUUACAGAUUUAUUCUUCAGUUGAAUUGCACAGGUUGCAGGUCACGUUAUUUUUUUGUUUGUUUGUUUUAGAAAAAACCUUUGAAAAGUAAAAUUUUCAACAAUAUAAAAAGCUGCUAUUUGAACACUUUAUCCACUGGUCCAGCAUGAUGACUUUGAAUUCUAUGUUUCUUUCUUCCACCAUAUUUAUAAUACUAAGAGAUCCCCGCCAAAAAAGAAGGUAUGUAUUUAUUUACAUCACUGCACAUCACGCUCAUAAUAGAUGUACUGUAAACCAGGCUUUGUGGGAGGUCAAGACUUCAAGGGGAGGGACACACUGAUGGAGGAUGAGGUUUUUUUCGGCGGUAGUCGCUGGUUUAUGUGCCUAGUUGUGUUAUAAAAACAAAAAAAAGAUGAAAUUGUUUUGUUUUGUGGUUUUAGAGCUAACACUGGAAACCUUUUGCGAUACAGUUUCUAUAAAAGGAUGUCAAAGCCAUUUUUGGUACAUUUUUUUAUGAUUGGAUGGCUGAGAUGUAGUGCUGUUUUAAUACCGAGUAUAAUCGACACAUCUGUCUCAAGGUUACUCCGUCUUCUUUUGCAUAGAUGACUUUUUUAUCAAUGAAAUCCAAUGACAAUGUGAGUCCCUUUUUUUAAAAAUAAAUCUGAAUGGCUUAAAUCGGUCAGUUCACAAUUUCUUUCUUCUUUUUAUUUGUUUUUUAUUUAAACACACUGCUUCCCCCUUAGUGUGGGAUUUGGAGGUGAACGACGGCUCUCCUCAGCGGCCUUUCUUCAUGAACAAAACGCUGCAACGUAUCCUCAACAAGAAAACAAAGGAGGUCAGAAAAUAGCAGCGCUAAUGAAUGGACUUUUGUCAUUGGGAAAGGUGCAGCCGCUUGGGAAAAAUAUAUUUAAAACACUUGUUAAAAGCCAGGGUGUGCCCAAACCUUUUCAGCUUAAAACCCCAAAAUAGACAUACUGUACAUCAGGGCAGUGGCGGAGCUGGCCACUCUCUGGCCACCCCACUGGCCAUGUGGACAUUUCAGGUAUCAACGCAUUACUCACCCCUAUGUGAGUAAUGCUCUCACCUUGGCCACCUCAAUGAAACAUUUCUGGUUCCGCCACUGCAUCAGGGGUCUCGUGUUCUGUGUAUAUGACUGGCAACAUUUUAUUAUACUUACUUACAAAGAAGAUUUCCACUGAAAUGGUGUGUCAUUGCCUUUUAGUGCUGUUUUGUGGUCAUUUGUCAUUAAAAAAACAAAACAUAACGAUCAAUAGUCAAUAAAACAACUUACAGCAUUUAAUUAGCUGGCGAGCUAAGGUGUCCUGACCCGCGAUUUGGGGAAAUCUGUGUGAAGCUUAGCUUAGCUACGUAUGUCCACAUAAUAGAUUUACAAUUACAUUUAGUAGUUAAUGGUUUUAGCAAUGCUAUAUACGUUAUAUAUUUGUGACGUACUGUAUAUCGUACUGUAUAUAUCUAACCAGUGCCAAAAUGCUCUCAUAUUUUAUAAUACAGUAAGUAGUUUGUGUUUAUGUUAGCAAGUAGAUGGGUGAUGCCAUUGUGAUUCUAAGGGGUCCUGGCGCCGUUAGGCUGCAGCGGUUUCGUAUCCUUGUUAAAACAUAUUCCUCCUCCUCGUCCUCCAUGAACCGAAGAUUCAUUACAGUAUUCCAGAAGCCCCACAGCCACAUAACUUCUGUCUUCAUUGAGCAUGUAUGAUAGCCAGCGAUCAUACAAAAGGAAAUAGGCAGUUGUGCACGAAGGAAAUUGAUUGACAAUGGUCUACAGCCAAUCAGAACGCAGAAAACAAUGUUUCUCCCUUAGCCAAUCAGGACUGUUGUGGCGCUAUACAUACUGAGAGGAACUGGACACGUCUUCAACACUCACAUGUGUAUACAACGCCCUCUAGUGGUAGCAGUCGUACAUACAAUAACAGACAUGGAUAGAUCACUCUAAUACGCCACAAGGACGCAGAACACAAUUCGCGUUCAUACGCUGUUAAAAAAAAAACAUGCAAGAUUGCACUUUUAAAAAUUCUGCAAAAGAGCGAGUCCGCGAAAGGUAAAUCGCGAUGUAGCGAGGGAACACUGUGCUGUAAAAAAUGAAGGUGGGGCGAGCAGACUCUGAGAAUUAAGAAAGGCUUUUUAGCAGCUGAUAAAGUGCUCCUCUGAUAUAACCUGUAUAAUAUUUAAGACUUAUUUCCACUCCUGAAAUGAGUGGCUAUCACCUUUUUCUAUGCUCUCGUAGUUCCCAGUUAUUCUUGCACGUGCCAGUGUUGGUUGUCUCACAUUGAGGGUUGUUAUUAUUAAUUGAGCACUUUCAUGAGUUUUUGGCAAAGCAUGAGGAGAGAACAUCACUAUUUAAAUGCAUUUUUGCCACUUUGAAAAGAUGUCGGUUACAGUGAAUUCUAUUAUACAUCAUAUUGUUAAGUUAUUGUAUCCACCCUUGACUGUUGUAGAGCAAAUUGGUUUAGGCAAGAGAUUACACAAUAUCUUUUAGUGCUCCCUUGUCUGCCCCCGCGUGUAGCAAGAGGAUUCUUUUGGUCAACCACAGCAGAACAAGUAGACACAAGUAGGCAGAAUGUGCUAAAACAUCAUCAGCUUCACGCACAACCACUUUACAGUUUUUAUUUUAAGUUAGUUUUUUUUUGUGUGGGCGUCAUGUACCAUGUGUUGUACCUUAUUGUGAGCUUUAUAGUCUCGUCAUGUGCAUGUACUUAUGGACCCGCAGCACAAACCUUGCGUGUUUUGCUAGCCAAAUUUAUUUUGUAAUAAAAGAAGACUCCACGUGCACACAAUAAAUUAAAACAAAUAUGUAAACAUUCACAUACUUUAAACAAUCCAUAAGCAUGUUUCCAUGUCAGCGAUGUAAUAUAAAGCAGGGAGGCUUCACUAAAUACUGUAUGUAGCGUGCAUAUAUUUUAUUGCAGUAAAACUGGUUUUAUAGUUGUGAUGAGGUGUUUCUCGCAUUCUCAGGAACAUGAGUUGGGCUAAACAUUACAAACAGCUUCCAGCACAACCUUUUUAAAUGCAGAUUUUUUUUUAGAGUGUGCCGGUGAGGUGCAGUGAAGCCUCCCCGCCUCCAUAUACAGUACUUUAAAAAAAAGAAACCAAACAUGCCUAUUACACUUUUAAUACUGUGUGUUUGUGUGUAGUUCAGGCGUGAGACACGGGCAGCGAGGUCAUGGCGUACUGGGCUGGCAUCAGUGGUUGAAACAUAGAUGAAGGGGGAUGGACUGCAGGACACACACACACACACACACACUAGCAUCAUUACAGCAGUUACAUUGUUCAAUUAAUAAUGUCUGAUUGUCUUCUCCGAUGGAAUGGAUGAAUACAUGAUGUGCAUUUAGAAUGUAGAGCGGCGUCAUGCGUGUGUUCACAGUAAAAAUAAACACUACAUGGACAAAAGUACUGGGACACACCGAGUAAGCCUAUAGGGACAUUUUGUUUUUUUAUAUUUCCUUUUUUAUUUAAGACAUUUUUUGUUGCGUUGAAUGAAUAUAGAUAGAAUUUGCCAGAGGAUAAUAAUUCUUUAAACAAUUUAGAAUGGUCAUAUCUGUGUAAAACCGCAAAGCUACACAAAAAGUGACACAUUUUUUUCGUCGCGACAAAAAAUGCCUCAUUGAAAAUGGCACAAUUGAGCCUACAGUUAUCUUAACAUAAACUACUAACGCAAUCCUUUCAAUAGCUUGUUGGAUUACUGUUUCUAGUUGUAUUUUUAAAAUUUUGUCCACUAGAUGGCGCUACUUUCCCCCAAUUCAAAGCAUGCAGGCAAAUUUCUCACAUUUUUUUCUGGGUGCCUUGCUACUGCAAGUGUGUGUCUCUACUCAUUUUGGAUAACGGUGCAAGUCCAAAAAAAGGUGUACGUGUGUAUUUUAACUCAUUCAAUACCAAAGAUGUAGUUAUACGUUGUUAUAAACCCGAACGCCCGAUCCCAACAACACAUUUAUACAUCUUUUACAUUUAACUAAAGGAGGUGCUGAUGCAACUCCCCAUCAAAGGAUUAGGCUUGAGAGCAAUUUUAAUGCCAUAAAAACGGCCACUAUGUGGCAGAAGUGCAUCGUGAGUGGAAGGAGAAACACAUGACAGGGAGAGGAAGCCCUUGCAUUGUAGGGAAAUUUUAACGAAUGCACAUGCACACACACACACACACACACACACACACACACACACACACAUUGUUUCGUUCCAAAUGUGAAAAUUGUAAAUAAUUCAUGGUGUUAUAUUUGUAAAUAAAUUGUUAUUUUGAUGUAAAAAAAACAAAACCUUUUG